GGUCGACCUUCGCAAGCCCCAGCCAGACUAACGAAUCAGAACUACCGAUAAAAUUUUUAUUGUUUGUCAAUGUCGUUUUUACUGUCUCGUUUUGUCGUUUCUAACUUUCCUUAUUGCCUGCAUGAAAGAUUCUGAUUUUAUUGAUUCUCUUCGAUGCACAUCGAAUUACAUUAUAUUCGUAGAUGCAAAUCUAGGCUAGCUUGCCAUAAGUAGGCGGGCAAUAGUGGUUUGCAACGGCGGGUGCGCUUCCUAGCCGACAGCUAGGUGGGAAGCGUGUCGAGACCACGCCGUAGCAGCGCCAAUAAUCUGCAAGAAAAACGGUGAAAACGGCGUGGCUUAUCGCAAAAUUGGAGAAUGAUUAGGAGUUGCACUGGGAGUUGUCGAUUUCGAUUGGAUAAUAUCCCCUGUUUCAAGUGACCGCUAUUGGCGCCGCUCGGCGACGUGGUUUGACAAGGAGAUUGGCGUGGAGAAAAGCAGGCUACGAAGACAAGGGAGAAUAUUGCUGCAAACCAAGUGAAAUUUAGUGCACGCUGUUGAACAUAGCGAACGCGAUAUUCGAUUACUGGCCGGUUGUUCUAGCAGUGAAGAUCAGACCAGAAAUUACAACUGGCGGUUCUUAGAAGUAGUAGUGAUUCUAGCAUCAGACGAAGAAGAGAGCACAGGAAGAUCUUUAUUUGGGAUCCAAACCGACCCAAACCGACACUACCAGUGGAGAAAUGGCGAGUGCAACUGCAAUCCCGUCGUCCUCGGGAGGAGGCAAGAAGGAACAUACAAUAUAUACCGAAGUCGAAUUUGAAGCCGACGAGCCGUUAGAGGAGCUGGCUCCCGAUUUCGAUGACGAUGACGAGGAAGAAGGCGAUGGCCUCGACGACUACGAAAAAGUACUUGGAUCGAUCAUGCUUGUUUUUUGUAAAUGAAUUAUAGGUCAUCUGGUUCUUCAGAAGUAAUUUGUUCGUAGCUCCUACACGUUGUGAAGAACUUCAAUGUCAUCUUCCCAGAUGAGCACUGUAUUCUGGUUUUUUUGUUGGCCAUGCUUAUUAUGUACUUCCCAUUGUAUCAACAUAAUUCUCUUUAUUGAUUCCAGAAAAACAUCCAAGCUCCAAUCUCAUCGCUGCUUUCUUCUACCCAAACAUCCACAGCUCGUUGUAGAAACGCGCAUUCCAAACACACUGCGGGAGUCUGCACCUCCAGCAACAAUAAUCGAGCGCCAGGCACCCGUAAUAGACGACUUCAUUCGAAAUUUUUUUGUAAAACACGGUUUUGCGAAGAGCCUAGAAGCGUUCCAGAACGAGUGGUUCGAGAAAGGAGGAAUAGGGGAAGCAAUAGAGACUGCGCCGGAUCUUUACGUACUUUGUUUGUCAUUUAAGCUAGUACAGCAACUUGAAGAGUCGACUAACAUCGUCAUCACAAAACUUUGAAGAUGAUCAAGAUUGGAGACAUUCUGCAUCCGUUUCCGUCUAUAACGUGAUGACGUUAUAAUUCUACUCUUCUUGGUUUUUCGUUUCAACCAGGUAAAGGCGCAACAGCUGGCCCAGGAGAAUGCGACAUUGCAGCAGGCACUCCAUCAGCAGGAGAGCAUAGCACAGGAAAGCAAAAAACAGUGGGACAAGUUCAGAAAAGAGCGCGACUUUCACAAAAUGCAUCAUAGGAGGGUACAUUGCGACUAUUGAAGUGAAAACGAUUAUUGAGAAUAGGGGAGUAUUGGAUGCUGUGGUGAAAGGCAAUAAACUGCUGUACAGGUGGCUUAUUCGCUUUCCUUUGUGGUAAUUACAAUUAUAGCUUUUUCCAUAUCAUCCAUCUUGUAUGAACUUACGGAAAGAAAAUUAGGUAGUCCAAGAGCGGAGACGGCUCUUAACGGAUUUUGAGAGGCUAAAGCGACAUUACGAGCAGUAUGAGCCAACACUAGCAGAACUGCGACAUAAGUAAAAAUUUUUUGAUGCCAUUGUUGAGUAUCAAAACGGACUGCAUGAGAGAGGUUGGCACAUGAUCGCGUGCCUUGAUUGAUUGAUGCUUUCUUAUUCUUCUUCUGAGCGUGAACAUAAAGAUAUACAAAGACAUCGAUUAUGCUCUAAAACGAAUACUUGUUCACUGAACCACGAUGCGGUGAACCACGAUGCGACAUUGACCCCUCACAGGUAUGAAGUGAUAAUGAAGGAGAAAAUGCUGAUGCGGUUAGAGCGUGAUAGGAUUGCGGGAAAAAUGGAGACUUUGCAAGAGCAAUUAGAAGUCUUACAGAGGCAAGCGGAACAAAAAGAGACCACGGCGAGUCCAGUGGAUGGUAUUUGGAUAGGAGAAUGUAACUAAGACUAUGAAAAUUUACCGAACUCUACUUUCUCAGAUGUGAGCAUGACAAAUCUGGUUAUUAGACGUAUCAUUGUUCACCUUUUUUACCUACUUCACGACUUCCAGGACCAAAGACCCGAAAGCAAGCUCGGUUCAAGAACGGUGAUAGCGCAUGGCCAGACGCAGGUUACCUAGGCGAGGCAGCGCCGGUGGAGCCUCUGAAGAUGGGAGAUUUGAAAGCACUAAAGUCAUAUCCAAAAUGUCACGCAGGCCCUAUUUCCAGCAUAGCAUUCCACCACAAGCUCCCAGGUACGAUUUGUUGUAAGUAACUUUUGACAUGUCCUCUAGUUUUCUCCUUCAGUCUUUUCUAGUAGUGGUCCUGAUCGAAGAAAUAGAAACACUGUGACAAACAUUAGUCCAAUGAAUAUAUGUUCCAGGGCUCAGGGCUGGAGGCCCCCCCCCGAUCUAACUUUUUGAGGGGGGGGGGCCUGCCAGCCCCGGCCCCUCUUUUCGAGGGGCUGCCGGGCGGGAAGGCCUCAAAGCGCCCACUUCUGGACCCCUUCCCUCUUCUUGCCUGUACCCUAGAGCGCCACCAAACCGGAGGGCGUUGAAGCUGGCAAAGGAGGCAAGGCAGGGCCCCGCUGCCUUGUUGCCUGUACCCUACAGACCUGGCAAAGGUGGCAAAGGCAGGGCCCCGCUGCCUUGUUGCCUGUAUCCUACAGACCUGGCAAAGGUGGCAAAGACUGGGCCCGCUUGUCGUGUUGCGUGUACCCUACAGACCUGGCAAAGAUGGCAAGGCUGGCGCCCUCUGGCGUGUUGCGGUACCCGACAGAGCUGGCAGAGGAGGCAAGGCGGGACCCACCCCCUUGGCGUGCUGCAUGUGGCCAACCCUACAGACCGGGCAAAGGUGGCCAGGCUGGACCCCUCUGGCGUGGUCCCCCACAGAUCCAGCCACGGGGGGGGGCCUCCCUCCCUGGUCCAUAUAUAUCCUUGAUUUCUAUCAAAGAUACCUUAACAAUCUUCAGUGCUGGCAACUGGAUCCGACGAUCAUACAUGGAAAUUGUGGUCAGUGCCAUCGGGUGAACUCGUUAUGAGCGGAGAAGGCCACCGAGACUGGGUCAGUGGCAUCGGCUUCCACAAUAGAGGUAUACUCCGUACUCUGGUAUGUUGGGUUCAAAGCAUUCUUAUGUAAGAGUAUGUAUACAGACUCUUAUGUGGUACUAGAGUUCAAUGGCUCGAUUCUAUUGGGCAUGAUCGAGUUUUCGUAUCGUAAUGAAGAACAGUGGCAACUCUCGAAUCGUGUUGAAGCAUGUAUGGCAAAUGCUCCACCAGUUUCUAAGCACAUGCUCUAUCUGAUCAUGAUCAACCUUACUCAACAGGCAAUCUGAUCGGAACGACGUCCGGUGACGCUACAGUGAAGAUCUGGGAUAUGUCAACAGAGAGCUGCAGACACACAUUUGCAGACCACACACAAGCGACGUGGGGACUCGACUUUCAUCCGACACACGACUUCGUCGUUUCAGCCAGUAGGAAAUCAUAGAAUGUUAGUUGAUGUAAUAGAUGAUAUUUUUGAUUGUGGUUCUUCCCAUCAUUUCGAAACUGUGCUUCAGGUUGUUGCAGGCAGUCCUAUGCUCAGAUAUUGAAUCUAUUAUCAAAUAUAAGGUAUGGAUCAUACUGCGCGAGUAUAUGAUCUUGGAAGCUGGCGGUGUAGGCAAACUUUCCGCGGGCACGUGGAUUCAGUCAAUGCUGUUUGCUUCCAGCCACAUGGCAUGAACGUAUUUUGAUAUCCAAUACUGGCUUCAAAUGUCAUCGGUGGAGGCUGAAAGAUUAUUUUGUGACUUAGAUCAACAAAUUAGUUUCAAUUUUAGUAGUCGUUCUAAGAUGGAGAAUAGAAUCACCUCAACUAUCAAAAUCUCAGGUAUGCACAGCUAGUGGCGAUAAAACAGUAUCACUGUGGGAUUUGAGGUCUGGGCUAUGCGUGCAGACUUUCUAUGGACAUAGUAAUGCAGUGAACAAUUGUAGGUUCCACCGAUCAGGGGCAACACUGGUCAGCUGCGACGCUGAUGGUCUCUGUAAGCUGUGGGAUAUUAGAAUGGUACUGAAACCUCUUACGCGUACGUUUCAACCAUGAUUCGUAGGAAUAGAAAGUGAACCUAUGUCAUCAGAAAUAACUUUGAAGGACUACAUCAUUUUUUCUCUAAAGUACCUACUCGAUAUUUUUUCAAUCGGAUUGUCGAAACCGAAAGCACUAAAGAAGCAACGACCGCUGUUGACUGUAAUUCGAUGGUCCUACUUGCGUAACUUUUCCAAAAUCACACAAAGGUCUGCGAGUUUUUGCAAAUCGAUGCGGGACCGCAUCCGGUGAAUGCGGCAGACUUUGAUGGUAGUGGAAAGGGCCUCGCGCUGGCAAGUGGAGACGGUGCCGUGAAGUUGUUCGAUCUAGAAACGAAAACAUUUGUCAAAAACUUGGACGGGCACGAAGAUAGUGCGCAGGACGUGCGCUUUGAUCCGACUGGCAAGAUGCUGGCUUCCUGCGGUAGCGACAAAAACGUGAUGCUGUGGCAGUAAAAUAGACGCAUAUACGAAAGUGAAGCUUGUUUUUCUAGUACACACGGCAAAGCGUGUAUGCGGAGUCCGUACUCUUCCUGGGAGGACAGACGGGUUUACACCUGCAAGAACGGUGCCUGUGACAUGUUCACUGCUCCAGAAACGCAAAGGAACAAAACGUCGGCAAGUUACAAUAGUUUGUUUUCCCAAGAAAUUGUCUACGAAUAGAAGAUUUAACGCAAGAUACAUUUUUACAGUAAACUUGAUACGCUUGAUACGAUACUCGUAAUAGUCAAACAUCAAUUAGAUGUGAGUCUGAGUUUUUGGAUUACGCCUAUAGAAACUCUCUUUCGGGGUUGAAGACCGAAAGGUUCAUGAUGCAGCUGCUGCAGUUGCAUUCUAUGCAUGAGUAGAAACAGGUUUUUGAUUGUCUUCCGAUACGCUUAAUUGCAUUGACAUACACCCUUGUCACCCCUAUCCUUUUGGUUUUGAAAUCUCGAUACAACCACACCAGGUCAUGUAAGAACAGUGAAUCAUGAAUAGCGAUGAUGGUAAAAGAAGGAAAUAUAGAACUCCCAUGGGGCAUAGCUAAUGUUUCGCAAAUUGUUAGGAGAGAAAUCUCAACAUGGUGGAGUCGACUACGCGCAGAAGAAGUUAUCUUUGUGCUGACGCCACACUGCACAGAAUAUGGCCUUCAUCUUCGAGAGCGAAGUGAAGCAUUCACAUGAUGCGGCCACGUCAACUCGUCGUUGCAAUCGCACAAAGUAUGGCUGCUCUGCAAAAACACAAAGUCAAAAAAUGCACCUUUUUGGACUUCCCUCAACAAACUCUAUUAACGCGUAUAAUUUACAAGAGCCUUCGUCGAUAUUCUUAUUCUGUUACAAAUCGUUCCUAUUUUUUUGCUCAGAUCUCAUAAAACGCAACUAUUUAUUUGGCAUGGCUAGGACUGAACAGAAGUUAAGGUUUUAACAAAGAACGAGAGAGAAACUCAAACUUUAAGUUUUUCGCUGUGUGUCGCGCUGCUGCUGAGACGACGGACUGCUCGAGCGCGGUUGCGGGU